AUGUGUGAAAUUCAGGAUUAUUCUAUCGAACUAAAGGAUAUUUAUAACAGUAAAUAUUCGUGGUUCUCAGACAUGGAUUUAUACAUCACGGAUUCACUCCAGGACAUGCUGGACAUGGAUAUAAAAAAUGAAAUCGCCACGGAUCUUAGCAGUAUGACGGACUUUGCGGAUACCUUAGGAUCACAUUUUUCCGAGUUACCACCUUUAUUAGACAUGGACACCGAUAAUUCUGCAAGUUGGCUUAAUAAUAGUUCUAGUUUUGUUCAUAAUUUAGAUUUAUAUGGUUCUGAAGCAAAUGCAGUUAUGGUUAAUCCUAAUUCUGUUAUGCCAUCAACAUUUGUUGAAACUCCAGUUAAAAAUAUAGUAAAAGAGGAAGCUUCAAAUUUAUUACUGACAUCGGCCGCCGCAAAUGAUGACUUAAGUAAUAAUAGCAUAUCACUUCCCAGUCCCAAAGAAGAAAAAAGUCACCUAACGUUUUCGCCCAAUGCGAUAAAAGUAUCAAAAGUACAGGAACCAGAAAAACCAAAAGUCAAGGAGAAUUCUGAAUUAGAAGAAGCCACGCAAAUGGUCAUUUAUGUAAGAAAACAAGAAAAAAAUGUUGUAAAAGAUUUGAUCAAAGAUUUGGACAAAUCGAAAGUAUCAAGUAUAACGACACCUACAACAGUUCGAAUAAAAAGUCAGUCAGAAAUAAUUAAAGUUAACAAUAAAAGUUGUUCAAUUUUAAAUACGAACCAAAAAGUUGCACAUUCUUUAGGAACUAAAACAAUUAUAUCUGGCAAUAUACACAUCUUGGAUCCACAACAAAUAAAUACUAGAACAAUUUUAGGUAAUGGUAACAAAAAUCAAGCAACAAUAUUAAUUGACAACUCGUUAAAUAACAAUAGACAAAUAAUUAAAACUUCUGUAAAUGGUGGUUUCACGUUAGAUACUAGCCAUACGAAGUACGUUAACGCUUCUAACAAAACUAGUGCUGGUGAAUUCCCUAAACCGGCGUACUCAUAUUCAUGUUUAAUAGCAAUGGCGCUAAAAAAUUCAAGAACAGGUAGUCUACCUGUUUCAGAGAUUUAUAAUUUCAUGUGUCAACAUUUCCCUUAUUUUAAGACGGCACCAAACGGGUGGAAAAAUUCAGUUAGACAUAAUCUUAGUUUGAACAAAUGUUUUGAGAAGAUUGAGAAGCCCUCAACAAAUGGAAGUCAAAGAAAAGGUUGUCUGUGGGCCAUGAAUCCCUCAAAAGUAGGAAAAAUGGACGAAGAAGUACAAAAAUGGUCACGAAAGGAUCCGCAAGCAAUAAAAAAGGCAAUGGUUUAUCCAGAAAACUUAGAGGCUCUAGAAAGGGGUGAAAUGAAGUAUAGUGGAGUAAGCGCUGACAAUGACGCUGAUGAUGAUGCAGAUGUUGAUCCUGACACAGAAUUGGACGCGGAUGUUGAAAUAGAUCCUGAAGUCAAAGAAGAAGUAGAAGAGGAGGAGGCUAUUAUAGAACAAGAGGUGUCCGACCAGGAGUUAGAAGUUGAAGAAGUAGUAGAAGGCACAGGCAUGGUCGGUGGUACGUACCGAUUACUAGCGACGGGACCUUCAUCACUUACCUCAUAUAUUACUGACGUGGAAUCUGGCGAAGAAGUUAGCGACAUCGAAAUCCUAGAUCAAUCAUAUGAAGAAAUCGACAUUGAUGUCACAAAACCUGUAAAAUUGGACUUAUCUAUGACGGAAAAUUAUACGAUACAUCCAACAAAGCGAGCCAAAACAAGUUUCAUCUAUCAACCUGUAACAACUCAGACACACACUAGUAGAAGAAAAACGCCACUGGUUAAUCGAGUUGCAUUAAUGUAA